ACGUGCUGUGGGAGGAGGGCAAGGCAGCCUUGGAGCAGCUCCUCAAGUUCAUGGUGCACCCCGCCAUCUCCUCCAUCAACCUGACCACAGCGCUGGGCUCCCUCGCCAGCAUCGCCCGCCAGAGGCCCAUAUUCAUGUCUGAGGUGAUUCAGGCCUAUGAAACCCUGCAUGCCAACCUGCCCCCCACGCUGGCCAAGUCUCAGGUGAGCAGCGUUCGCAAGAACCUCAAGUUGCACCUGUUGAGUGUGCUGAAGCACCCAGCCUCCUUAGAGUUCCAGGCCCAGAUCACCACCCUGCUGGUGGACCUGGGCACGCCCCAGGCCGAGAUCACCCGCAACAUGCCCAGCAGCAAGGAUGCCCGAAAGCGGCCUCGAGAUGACUCGGAUUCCUCGCUCAAGAAGAUGAAGCUGGAGCCCAACCUGGGGGAGGACGACGAGGACAAGGAUUUGGAACCAGGCCCAUCGGGGACCUCGAAGGUCUCGGCCCAGAUCUCGGGCCAGUCAGACACAGACAUCACAGCCGAAUUCCUGCAGCCUCUGCUGACACCCGACAACGUGGCCAACCUGGUCCUCAUCAGCAUGGUGUACCUGCCUGAGGUCAUGCCUGCCUCCUUCCAAGCCAUCUACACCCCAGUGGAGUCGGCAGGCACCGAAGCCCAGAUCAAGCACCUGGCUCGGCUCAUGGCCACACAGAUGACGGCCGCAGGACUGGGGCCCGGUGUGGAGCAGACCAAGCAGUGCAAGGAGGAGCCCAAGGAGGAGAAGGUGGUGAAGCCUGAGAGUGUCCUGAUCAAGCGACGCCUGUCAGCCCAGGGCCAGGCCAUCUCGGUGGUGGGCUCCCUGGGCUCCAUGGCCACCCUGGAGGAGGAGGCGCCCCAGGCCAAGAGAAGGCCAGAGCCCAUCAUCCCUGUCACGCAGCCCCGGCUGGCGGGUGCCGGGGGCCGCAAGAAGAUCUUCCGUCUGAGCGAUGUCCUGAAGCCCCUGACCGACGCCCAGGUCGAGGCCAUGAAGCUGGGCGCUGUGAAGCGGAUCCUGCGGGCCGAGAAGGCUGUGGCCUGCAGCGGGGCGGCCCAGGCGCGCAUAAAGAUCCUGGCCAGCCUCGUGACGCAGUUCGACUCGGGCCUGAAGGCUGAGGUCCUGUCCUUCAUUCUGGAGGACGUGCGGGCCCGCCUGGACCUGGCCUUCGCCUGGCUCUACCAGGAGUACAACGCCUACCUCGCAGCCGGUACCUCGGGCUCCCUGGACAAGUACGAGGACUGCCUCAUCCGCCUGCUCUCCGGCCUGCAGGAGAAGCCAGACCAGAAGGAUGGGAUCUUCACCAAGGUUGUGCUGGAGGCGCCCCUGAUCACGGAGAGUGCCCUGGAGGUGAUUCGCAAGUACUGCGAGGAUGAGAGUCGCACCUACCUGGGCAUGUCCACCCUCCGAGACCUGAUCUUCAAGCGCCCGUCCCGCCAGUUCCAGUACCUGCACGUCCUGCUGGACCUCAGCUCCCAUGAGAAGGACAAGGUGCGCUCCCAGGCCCUGCUGUUCAUCAAGCGCAUGUACGAGAAGGAGCAGCUGCGAGAGUAUGUGGAGAAGUUUGCCCUCAACUACCUGCAGCUCCUGGUCCACCCCAACCCGCCAUCCGUGCUGUUUGGAGCCGACAAGGACACAGAGGUGGCAGCGCCCUGGACCGACGAGACAGUGAAGCAGUGUCUGUACCUCUACCUGGCCCUCCUACCUCAGAACCACAAGCUGAUCCACGAACUGGCAGCUGUGUACACUGAGGCCAUCGCCGACAUCAAGCGGACGGUGCUGAGGGUCAUCGAGCAGCCGGUGAGGCCCACCCCCAGCCCCUCCCCUGGUGUGUGCGCGAUCGCGGAGCACUGUCCCCAAGCUUUAAGAUCUAUUGUCACCAGGUGCCGCCUCCUCAUUCUGCCUGCAGUCCCGCCCUCCCCGGAGCUGGUGAAGCGCGUCCGGGAUCUCUACCACAAGCGGCUGCCCGAUGUCCGCUUCCUCAUCCCUGUGCUCAACGGGCUGGAGAAGAAAGAAGUGAUCCAGGCCCUGCCGAAGCUCAUCAAACUCAACCCCAUCGUGGUGAAGGAGGUCUUCAACCGCCUGCUGGGCACCCAGCACGGUGAAGGGAACUCGGCCUUGUCCCCGCUGAACCCUGGAGAGCUGCUGAUCGCAUUGCAUAACAUCGACUCGGCAAAGUGCGACAUGAAGUCCAUCAUCAAAGCCACCAACCUGUGCUUUGCGGAGCGGAACGUGUACACAUCGGAGGUGCUGGCCGUGGUGAUGCAGCAGCUGAUGGAGCAGAGUCCCCUGCCCAUGCUGCUCAUGAGGACCGUCAUCCAGUCCCUGACCAUGUACCCCCGCCUGGGGGGCUUCGUCAUGAACAUCCUGUCCCGCCUCAUCAUGAAGCAGGUGUGGAAGUACCCCAAAGUGUGGGAGGGCUUCAUCAAAUGCUGUCAACGCACCAAGCCCCAGAGCUUCCAGGUCAUCCUGCAGCUGCCACCCCAGCAGCUGGGCGCCGUGUUUGACAAGUGCCCAGAGCUCCGGGAGCCCCUGCUGGCCCAUGUCCGCUCCUUCACCCCCCAUCAGCAAGCACACAUCCCCAACUCCAUCAUGGCCAUCCUGGAGGCCAGUGGCAAGCAGGAGCCGGAGGCCAAGGAGACUCCUGCAGGGCCUCUGGAGGAGGAUGACCUGGAGCCCCUGGCGCCGGCCCCCGCCCCGGCCCCGGCCCCCAGACCCCCCCAGGACCUCAUGGGCCUGCGGCUGGCCCAGGAGAAGGCCUUAAAGCGGCAGCUGGAGGAGGAACAGAAGCUGAAGCCUGGGGGAGUGGGAGCCCCCUCUUCCUCCUCGGCCAGGCCGGCCCCCCCGCAGCCGGACGAAGCCGUGGAUUUCCGGGAGGAGGGGCCCGAGGGGGAGACCCCGGCCAUCUUCAUCAGCGUGGACGAGGACCCGGGGCUGCCGGAGGCCGCCUUGCUGGACUCGAGCCUCGAGGGGCCGCCGCCUAAGGUAGGGCUGGCUCCGCGGAGCGGCGAGGAAGGAGCCUACCGGCGUGUGCGCGGGCGGGCAACCGGCCGGCCUGUCUGCAAGCCUCCCUCCGCGGCGAUGGGGGACCCGCCGCCCGACCCCGAGCAGCCGCCGCCCGGCAGCUCCCAGGGCCCCGAGCCGCGGCGCAGCGGGGAGGCCCCCUUCGUCCAGUUCUCGCUGCCCCCGGAGGGGCCGCGGGCCGAGCUCGAAGCCCCGAGGGGCAGCCAGGAGGGGCCGGGGGCCGACGAGGAGCCGCCCUCGGACUCCCAGCGCCUGGCCUACCUGGACGAGGACGAGGACGGGCUGCAGGCCGAGCUCCUGGAGCAGCUGCAGCAGGGCCGGGGCAGCCUCCUCCAGCAGCUGGAGGCGGCCUUCCAGGACCCCCCGCCCGACGCCGCGGGCCUGUUCAGCUACCAGCGAGAGGACCAGCCGUUCGGCGAGGACGCCCUGCACGGGCCCUACGCGAGCGAUGACCCUUCGCUCCAGUUCUCGCCCUCCGAGCUGGGCUUCCUGCCCUUCGACAUGGAGGUGUCGGAGCCGGAGCCCCGGGAGCUGGCCGUGCAGAACGCCAAGGCCUACCUGCUGCAGACCAGCAUCAGCUGCGACCUGAGCCUGUAUGAGCACCUGGUGAACAUGCUGACCAAAAUCCUGAACCAGCGCCCAGAGGAUCCCUUGGCCAUCCUGGAGUCGCUGAACCGCACGACACAGUUGGAGUGGUUCCACCCCAAGCUGGACUCGCUGCGGGAUGACCCCGAGAUGCAGCCCACCUACGAGAUGGCCGAGAGGCAGAAGUCGCUAUUCGUCCGGGGCGGCGGCAGUGCGGAGGGCGAGCAGGAGAUGGAGGAGGAGGUGGUAGACACGGCCGUGCCCAACGUCAUGGAGUCGGCCUUCUACUUCGAGCAGGGCGGCGUGGGCCUGAGUUCCGAUGAGAGUUUCCGCCUCUUCCUGGCCCUGAAGCAGCUGGUAGAGCAGCAGCCCAUCCACACCUGUCGCUUCUGGGGCAAAAUCCUGGGGCUCAAGCGCAGCUACCUGGUGGCCGAGGUGGAGUUCCGGGAAGGCGAGGAGGAGGUGGAGGAGGAGGAGAUGGAGGAGCUGACCGAGGGUGGCGAGAUCAUGGAUGCCCACGGCGAGGAGGAGGGCGAGGAGGACGAGGAGAAGGCCGCCGACGUCAUCCCCAAGCCGCUCUGGAAGCCCCCGCCCGUCAUCCCCAAGGAGGAGAGCCGCUCGGGCACCAACAAGUACCUGUACUUCGUGUGCAACGAGCCCGGCCGGCCGUGGACCAAGCUGCCGCACGUCACGCCCAUCCAGAUCGUGCAGGCCCGCAAGAUCAAGAAGUUCUUCACCGGCUACCUGGACGCGGUCAUCAGCUACCCGCCCUUCCCGGGCAACGAGGCCAACUACCUGCGGGCCCAGAUCGCCCGCAUCUCGGCGGCCACGCACAAGCCCCUGGGCUUCUACCAGUUCAACGAGGAGGAGGGUGACGAGGAGGAGGAGGGCGGUGCAGGGCGAGACUCCUUCGAGGAGAACCCGGACUUUGAGGGCGUUCCCGUGUUUGAGCUGGUGGACUCCAUGGCCAACUGGGUGCACCACAUGCAGCACAUCCUUCCGCAG